AAAUACAGCGAUCCCUCAUUCCAUCCACGCGGGCUGAAUCUCCGAGGAAUUGUCCAGUGUCACCCUUCCUCGUUGUACUUUUAUGUUCAGUUAAAUUCGCAAGUUCGGAGGCCCUUGCCGUCUUUGUAAUUCAGGGAUGCGAAGUAAAGGCAAUCACAAUGAGGAGGUCCGUACUUCUACUGAUUUUACUGAGUUACGAGGCGUCCCUUGAAACGUACAACAUAUUCGACCUCGGGACAGACUUGUUCCGGCCGUUCCCCCGCAGCAGGGACGAGGGGUUCGUGCCGGACUACACGCCCAAAGACAAUCAGGAGUACGACUUCAUCAUAGUUGGCGCCGGCUCGGCCGGCUGCGUUCUCGCCAACAGACUAUCCGAAAUAUCCGAUUGGAAGAUUCUACUACUAGAAGCGGGCGGGAACGAAAACUUCUUUUCCGAUAUCCCGAUAUUUGCACCCUUCAUCUCUAUAACCCCCAUGAACUGGGGCUACACAUCCGAACCGGAGCAGAGGGCGUGCAGAGGCCUAAGAGGGAACGUGUGCUACAUGCCGCGAGGCAAGGUCCUCGGCGGCAGCAGCGUCCUCAACUACCUGAUCUACCAGCGCGGCCACCCCGACGACUACAACGACUGGGCGCGCAUGGGCAACCCCGGCUGGAGCUACGAGGAGGUCCUGCCGUACUUCAAAAAAUCGGAGAACAUAAAAAUUGAUGAUCUAAAGAAUUCUAAAUUUCACGGCACGGGAGGGUACCUGGACAUAGAUCACUCGCCGUACACGACGCCGCUGGAUCGAGCUUUCAAGGAAGCGGGCGAGGAGCUGGGUUUCGAGUGGAACGAUCCGAACGGCGAACGAGUGAUCGGUUUCUCGAGGCCGCAGGCGACCCUCCGAAACGGCCGGAGAUGCAGCUCGUCCAAAGCCUUCCUAGAGCCUGUCCGCCACCGACGAAACUUGAAGGUCUCCAAGUAUUCAACGGCCACGAGAAUCCUAAUCGACCCAAAAACUAGGAAAGCCAACGGCGUCGAAUUUGUUAAGUUGAACAAAAGACGACGGGUAUACGCGCGGAGGGAGGUGGUCCUCUCGGGUGGUACGGUGGGGUCCGCGCAGCUGCUGAUGCUGUCGGGCGUGGGUCCGGAAGACCACCUGCGCGAGCUCGGCCUUGACCCCGUGGUGGCGGCGCCCGUCGGCCACAACCUACAAGACCACAUCACGUUCUCGGGCAACGCGUUCAUGGUCAACAGUAGCGGAGUGACGGUGAAUGACAUGAUAGCCGCGUCGCCGGUGUCAGCGGCGGCUUACUUGGCCGGUCGAGGGCCGCUGACGCUGCCGGGCGGCGCCGCCGGCCUCGCCUUCGCACAAACAAAACUCGCCAACGACAGCUCCACAGGCAGACCUGAUAUAGAGCUGGUGUUGGGCGCAGGAUCGCUAGCUGGUGACUUCCUCGGCAUUCUGAGGUCUAUGCUUGGUAUCACAGACGAGUGGUACUGGAAAGUGUACGGCUCUGUGCCCCUGGAGAGGAGGCAGCAGUCGUUCGCUCUCAACCCCAUCCUCAUCCGGCCGCGGAGCGUGGGCAGGCUGACGCUGCGGUCCGCGCGACAUAGCGACCCCCCGCGCCUGCAACUCAACUACUUCGAUGAUCCCAACGAUAUGAGGACUAUAAGAGAGGGCGUGCGAUUCGUGCAACGCGUCAUAAACACGAGAGCUUUUAAGCGGUUCGACACUAAACUGAACGACGUGCCGUUCCCGGGCUGCGAGACGCUAGAGUUUGACUCCGAUGAGUACUGGGAGUGCGCCAUCAUGCAGACCUCCAUUACGCUCGACCAUAUGGCCGGCACCUGCAAAAUGGGUCCAAGUGGCGACCCAUCCGCUGUGGUGUCACCGCGACUACUGGUGCACGGUAUCCAAGGACUUAGGGUGGCCGACGCGUCCAUAAUGCCUCAAAUACCAGCGGCCCACACACACGCGCCAGUCGUCAUGAUCGCUGAAAAGGCCGCUGAUAUGAUCAAAGAAGACUGGGGUGUGAGCACCAAUACUGUGUAGAACAGCUAGGUAUAUCAACCCGCGCGCCGGGACAUUAUCAGUGGCCCGCAAAAAGUUAAACCAUCUUGACGCCCACCGGCAAUGUAAUGUAAAGUCGUAAA